GAUUGAGAUCAGAUCCAUACGUAGAUGUGGACUUUGUGGAAAUCCAGCUAUUUUCUUACAAACUCCGCCGUAAGAAAAUGGCCGGUCCCUUGCUCCGAUCACUCUACUCCGCCACUAAGAGGUCUAUCUCCUCUUCCUCCUCCUCUCAACUCCUCAACCCCUACUUCUCCCCACGCGCCACCCCCUUCUCCCGCGCCUUCUCCACUGCCGCCGCCGCCUCCGCUGCUGCGGCACCGAGCCCUUCGGUCGACCCGAGCCGGCUCCGGAACGUGGCGGUGAUCGCCCAUGUCGACCACGGCAAGACCACGCUCAUGGACCGGUUGCUCCGCCAGUGCGGCGCCGACAUACCCCACGAGCGCGCUAUGGACUCCAUCAGCCUUGAGCGCGAGCGCGGCAUCACCAUCACGUCAAAGGUGACGUCCAUCGCAUGGAAAGACAAUGAGCUAAAUAUGGUUGACACGCCCGGACAUGCAGACUUUGGUGGCGAGGUUGAGCGAGUAGUUGGUAUGGUUGAGGGAGCAGUUUUAUUGGUGGAUGCUGGUGAAGGUCCGCUUGCACAGACAAAGUUUGUUCUAGCAAAAGCCUUAAAGUAUGGUCUACGGCCUAUCCUCCUCUUAAAUAAAGUAGACAGGCCUUCUGUUUCUGAGGAGAGAUGUAAUGAAGUAGAGAGCCUGGUAUUUGAUCUUUUUGCAAGUCUUGGCGCGACAGAGGAACAGUUGGACUUUCCUGUCCUCUAUGCUUCUGCGAAAGAAGGGUGGACUUCCGCUACCUUCACAAAAGAUCCUCCGGCUGGUGCCAGGGAUAUGUCACAGUUGCUGGACACUAUCGUGGGGCAUGUUCCUCCACCAAAUGUUAGUCUUGAUGCGCCCUUUCAGAUGAUGGUUUCCAUGAUGGAACGGGACUUUUACCUUGGGAGAAUAUUGACUGGUCGUGUAUCUUCUGGAAUAGUUCGUGCAGGCGAUAAAGUACAUGGAAUUCGUAGCACAGAGUCUGGGGUUCAGAAAAUUGAAGAGGGAAAGGUUCUAAAGCUUAUGAAGAAGAAGGGUACAAGUAUGGCUCUCAUUGAUACUGCUGGAGCAGGUGAUAUUAUAUCGAUGGCUGGGCUAGCGAGCCCAUCCAUAGGCCAUACAGUUGCUAACAUGGAGGUAAUGAAUCCUUUGCCUACUAUUGAGUUGGAUCCUCCAACCAUUUCUAUGACUUUUAGUGUGAAUGACUCUCCCUUGGCAGGACGUGAUGGUACACAUUUGACUGGUGGAAGAAUUGGGGACCGGCUUAUGGCUGAGGCAGAGACAAAUCUUGCAAUAAACGUUCUUCCAGGGCUAUCGGAUUCGUUUGAAGUUCAAGGAAGAGGAGAACUUCAAUUAGGUAUCUUGAUAGAGAAUAUGCGGCGAGAAGGAUUUGAAUUGUCUGUGUCACCACCAAAAGUCAUGUAUAAGACUGAGAAUGGUCAGAAACUAGAGCCUCUUGAAGAAGUGACCAUUGAGGUUAAUGAAGAGCAUGUUGGGUUAGUAAUGGAAGCCUUGACUCAUAGGCGAGCCGAGAUCAUUGAUAUGGGUCCUGUCCCAGGAGAUAUUGGUCGAACUAGAUUGUCUCUGACUUGUCCAUCAAGGGGCCUGGUCGGGUACAGGAGUGUCUUCAGCAGUGAUACGAGAGGAAAUGGAUUCAUGCAUCGUGCUUUCCUGACCUAUGCAAAGCAUCGAGGCCCUCUUGGGAAUGUGAGGAAAGGAGUGUUGGUAUCCAUGGGCUUCGGUACAAUCACAGCACAUGCAUUAAUGAGUUUAGAGGCUCGUGGAACUCUCUUUGUGAGCCCGGGAAUGGAGGCGUAUGAUGGGAUGAUCAUUGGUGAACACUCACGGGAUUCUGACCUUGAUGUAAAUCCAGUAAGGACUAAGGAACUAAGCAAUAUGCGGUCUGCUGGCAAGGAUGAAAACGUCAAGUUGUCUCCUCCUCGCCUGAUGACUCUCGAAGAAGCCAUAGGUUAUGUUGCUUCAGACGAGCUUAUUGAAGUUACACCAAAGGUUAUAAGAUUAAGGAAGAAAUACUUGGAUGUUAACAAGCGAAAGAGCAUGAGUAAGAGACCAAAAGAAUGAAGCGUCACUGCUGUAUACAAUAUUGCAACUUUUGAAAUAUUGGUUUGACAAUGUACGAUUAUUAUUUGUCCACCCCAAUAAGGGUCAUGUAUUACAAAUCUCUUAUCUUUCCCACAGAAAUACCCAUACCAGUAUUCUUUUUCUCCGAAAGAGUAUUUUUGUAAUUGAAUUAUGUAACCUGUGCAAGUAGUGUCUGUAAACACAUGAAUUUCUUACUGGCAUUUGGAGGAGUUGUGUGAA